UCCAGUUCUAUGCUUACUCUUUGGUCAUAUGGCACGUAUUGUACGAAUUUGAAGUUUGUGGUAUUUAUUUCGAAUGUAAAUAUAUUUUAAUACUUACUUUUCUUGGCCUCGUUUUAUUAUUUGUAGACGAUAUAUUGAAUACAAAAAACAUUUAUUCAGCAAAAUGUUAAAAGGUGGUGUGUAAAUAAAGUAACAAGCAAGGUACGGUUAUUAAACUGUACCAGUACCUGUCUGCGUACUACUUAUUGGUGCUCGUAAAUUGUUGAAAUAUUCAAGGUUGGUAGUGCAAGAUGGCAGAAGCGCACUCAGCCGUUGCGUUUUCCUUCGCGAUCACUCACGACGGAUGGGACGUGAACUUUGACCGCGAAGUACUCUACCUGGUCUGGGAGUCAGGAAUACGCUCGUGGAAGAAACGUCUAGCGCGUUUCAGAAACAGCGUCCAUAAUGGCGUGUACCCAGGUCACCUGCAGUCUCUGUAUGUGUUGUGGACACUGCUGGUUGCGGCGCACUUUGCCGGAUUUAGCAUACCGUUUGGAUUAGUACAAAAAACACUUACUAUAUUACCUAGCAACUCCACGAUGUGGCAGGUCAUCGCUUGUUUAUUGGCCGCUCUCACCAUGUGGCUUAGUGUGAUAUUUCUCAUGAGAUACCUUCUCAAACUGCUAUUAAUGUACAAGGGAUGGAUGUACGAAUCACGCGCUCCAGGCUCGAAGAUAUCUCUGAAAACAAUGUUGUGGAUAAGUGUUGUUAAAGUAUUAUCCGGGUGGAACAAACCCAAGUUGUACAGCUUUCAAGGAUCGCUGCCAAGACUCCCUCUGCCUGCUGUCAAAGAUACUAUGAGACGGUACCUGACUAGUGUUCGUCCCCUAUUGGACGACGAAAAUUAUAAGAGAGUAGAAGGAUUAGCUAAGGAAUUCGAAGAAACCAUUGCUGUGAAGCUACAGAGAUACCUUGUUCUAAAGUCAUGGUGGUCCAGCAACUACGUGUCCGACUGGUGGGAGGAGUAUGUCUACUUAAGAGGUCGUUCACCUCUGAUGGUCAACUCGAACUUCUAUGGGACAGACGCCAUUUUACUGAGACCCACCAACAUACAGGCUGCCCGUGCUGGCGUCAUCAUACACUUGUGCCUUAAGUUCAGGAGACUCAUCGACAGACAGGAACUUGAACCGAUCAUGCUACAAAACAUGGUGCCCCUUUGCUCGUGGCAAUACGAGAGGCUGUUCAACACAGUGCGCGUGCCAGGCAUCGAACGCGACAAGAUCGUUCACUACCAGGACUCGUCGCACAUCACCGUCUACCAUAAGGGAAGAUACUUCAAAGUGCUCGUAUACUCGAGGGGACGACUGCUGAAACCUUGUGAAAUUCAAGUACAAAUUCAACAAAUUCUUGACGACAAGUCGGAGCCUGUGGUGGGAGAGGAACGCGUGGCCGCUCUGACAGCAGGCGAACGCUCCCACUGGGCGCACAUUCGUCAGACUAUGUUCAACCGAGGACACAACCGUACCUCCCUGCACUGUAUCGAACGAGCUGCCUUCAAUGUAUGCCUUGAUGACUUUGAAUACGGAUACGAUGAAAAGGACUUAUCGAAAUUGGACGAGUUCGGCCGAGUUCUGCUGCACGGCAAAGCGCACGAUCGCUGGUUUGAUAAGUCAUUCAAUUUAUGCUUCAGCAAGAAUGGAUUUGUUGGUUUUAACUCAGAACACACAUGGGCUGACGCACCUGUUAUGGGUCAUCUUUGGGAAUAUGUGAUCUGGUGCGAAUUGGAAGUCGGAUACGGCCACGACGGUAACACACUCGGUACGGUUGACAUACCGCCUCCAGCUCCCAUACGCUUACAAUGGGACCUCGGACACGAAGAUCUUCUAAAGGCCAUUGACGUUUCAUACAGCAUCGCCCAAAAGCUUAUGAAUGACGUUGACCUCAGAAUACUGAUGUACACCAAAUAUGGGAAAGGUUUCAUGAAGAGCUGUCGGAUUUCUCCCGAUGCCUUCAUCCAGUUGAUUCUCCAGCUUUCGUAUUACCGCGACGCCGGUCGGUUCUGCUUGACUUACGAAGCGUCUAUGACGCGUUUGUUCCGCGAGGGCCGCACUGAAACCGUGCGAUCUUGUACCAACGAAAGCUCAGCGUGGGUCAAAUCUAUGGAAAACCCUAAUGCCACGAUUCAAGAGCGAAUGGAUUUGUUCGUGAAAGCCAGUCACCGUCACCAGUUGGGGUACCAGGACGCCAUGGCCGGGAGAGGCAUAGACCGUCACCUCUUCUGUUUGUACGUCGUCUCUAAGUACCUCGAAUUAGAGUCGCCUUUCCUACAAGAGGUGUUCAACGAGCCUUGGAGACUGUCGACUAGCCAGACCCCUCACGGUCAAACCUCAAUGUUGGAUCUAAAGAAACACCCGAAGUGCGUGAGCGCCGGCGGUGGCUUCGGACCUGUGGCUGAUGACGGCUACGGAGUGUCCUACAUUAUCGUCGGAGAAGACCUCUUGUUUUUCCACGUCUCCAGCAAAAAGAGUUGCCCAAUCACGAGCUCUUCGAACUUCGUGAAACAAAUCGAGAGGUCUCUGAAAGACGUGCAAGACCUAUUCAAUGAUUACAAAAAACUGAAAAAUGGGGUCAAGAAUAACAAGUAGAUCAAUCUUAUGACAUGCUCUUUGUAUUGUUUUAGUUUUGUUGUUGUUGUAAUGUGUAGUUUAUAAUUUUAUUUUUAAUAAGUUGACACUCAAAUCAAACAGAAGUAUUCUUCAUAAUAAAUCUUUGUGUACAAUAUUUUUUAAUAUCCAAAAAUGUAUCUCCUCUCACUGGGAGGUAGUAUUCAAUAUUAAUUGUUAUUUAUAAUAGUGAAAUAUGAAAUAUUUAUACAAAUUGUCUGGUGCUGCACACUUGAGAGUUGAAAUGCUUUUCUUUUUUGAAUAGAGUUUAUAUUAUAUUAAUUUAACAGUAAUGCUGCUUUUGAAUAUUUUUUUGAUAAGUUUAAGUUUAUUUUAGGUAAAAGUGUGUUAGUUGUACAAAUUGGGGACGUCGGACAGCGAGUUAGAAACUCGCAAACCAUAAGAUUGUAUGAAUAUUAAGUAAUACUAUAGAAACUCACUGAAGGCACACAAUAAGUACCUGUAGUUUUGGUGCCCAGGUGAAUACUGUGGGGGCUCUUAGUGAUAGUGUCAAUAAUGUCGUGUUAUACGCGUAAACUGACUGCUUACGAAUGUUUAUAGUGUUGCGAUCCCGCAGUUUUUGAUACUAAAAUUAUCCUAACCCCUCAAAAUUAAAGUCGUCGAUACUGAUAACUAAAUAUAUAUUUACCAUUAUAUUGAUUUCCUAGAAUAAGGGGUUGAAGAUAAUGCACAAGAUACCUUCAUGUUUUUAGAUUUAUCAAUUAUAACCCAACUUUGUCAAUUGUAUUUUUUUUGCCCUACGAAUAUAUAGUCUAAUUAAUCAAUCAAUCAAAUACUGACGUGUACUUGUAUUAUCCAUUGAAUAUAAGACAUGUGUUUUGAAUUUAUUUACUUUUUUCUAUUAAGAAUGUAUCUGUAGAUUAUGCUCUUAACAAUUGUAUAAGUGAAAAUGUUAAACAAUGAUCAAAUUUUUUUAAUAUUUACUAUGUACAUACCUACAUCACGGUUGCUUUUAAAUGCAUUUUAUUUAUUAUCUAGAUUUAAUUAUGUACAUGAGUGACAGGAAUACAAUUACCGAUUUGUCAACCACCCAGAAGCAAUGUUUGUACUCUGAAGCACGUUCUGCAUGUCAAUAAAAUUAUUAGAAAAUAAGGGGUUUAUGUAACACAUUAUGUAUAUAAAUGACUUAUCAGUAACAUCUUUCACGUGCCUUUUGAUAUUAUGGUACAAAAAACGAGGGGAUUGCAAUUAUAUCAUGUAUAUUUUAUAGAUAAAUCUACAAUGCAAACUUGGUCCUCUUUAUUUUAAAUUAACCUAAUAUUAACCACAUUUAAAUAAGCUACUUACAAAUCUUUAUCGAAUUAUUGUAAAUAAAGAUUGAAUAUUGAAA